AUGGCUGCCAUUGCCGAAACGCCAAUUGUUGCAGACCCUGCACCCACAAAGAAAGGGAGAUCAAAGAGGGCCCUAAAGCAGAAAAACCCUUCUUUAAAUGAAGCCAACAUAAUGGCUGGAGCUGUUGUUGAACCUGCCCCCGUGGCAGCCCUGAAUUCUUCUGGGAAAGAGAACCAUGAGAGCCUCUCGCAGCCGAAGUCCCAGAAGAAAACGAAGAAAGGGGCAUCAAAGGCAAAACAACAGUCAUCAGAAGCGUUUUCUUUUGAGAAAGAAUUGCAAGAAAUGCAAGAAAAGCUCGAAAAGAUGAAGAUCGAGAAGGAGCAGACGGAGGAGCUUUUGAAGGUCAGAGAAGAGGCCUUGAAGCAGAAGGAAGAAGAGCAAGAGAAACUCAAGAUAGAGUUCAAGAAAUUGCAGAAAAUUAAGGAGUUCAAGCCCAAUAUGACUUUCCCGGUCAGUUUCACGCUUAAAGAUCUAGAACAAGAAAAGAAAGACAAGAAGAAGGGAGAUUUUUCUAAGAAAAAGCCAUCUCCUCCUUACGUGCUGUGGUGCAAAGAUCAGUGGAAUGAGGUGAAAAAAGCUUAUCCAGAUGCUGAUUUUAAGGAAAUGGCGAAUCUUUUGGGUUCAAAAUGGAAGACGGUAAGUGCAGAAGAAAAGAAGCCUUAUGAAGAGAGAUAUAGAGCUGAGAAAGAAGUCUACUUGAAGAUAGUCGGGAAUGAGAAACGAGAUCACGAAGCUUUGAAACUCUUGGAGGAAGAGCAGAAACAGAAGACUGCCAUGCAUUUGCUUGAAGAAUAUCUUCAGUUCAAACAGGAAGCAGAAAUAGAAAACAAGAAGAAGACAAAGAAAGUAAAAGAUCCCCUGAAACCAAAGCAGCCAAUGUCAGCAUACUUCGUAUUCGCAAAUGAGCGACGAGCAAUUCUUCUUUCCCAGAACAAGAAUAUCUUUGAGGUUGCAAAGAUCACAGGGGAGGAGUGGAAGAACUUGACCGAGGCACAGAGAGCACCGUAUGAGCAAAUGGCAAUGAAGAACAAGGAACGAUAUGCGCAAGAAAUGGAAGUAUACAACCAUAAGAAAGAUGAAGAAGCAGCUAAUUUGAAGAAGGAAGAUGAAGAAUUGAUGAAGCUGCGAAAGCAAGAAGCUUUACAAUUGCUCAAAAAGAAGGAGAAAACAGAAAAUCUGAUAAAGAAAACAAAAGAAAACCGCCAAAAGAAGAAGAAAGAUAAGGGAGAGAAGAUUGUUGAUCCCAACAAACCAAAGAAGCCGGCGUCGUCAUUUCUUCUUUUCAGCAAUGAGACGAAGAAGAAUUUAUCGGGAGAGAGGCCGGGAAUCAACAACUCUACUCUAAACGCGCUCAUAUCCGUGAAGUGGAAGGAAUUGGGUGAACAAGAGAAGCAAAUUUGGAAAGAUAAAGCUGCAGAAGCAAUGGAAGCGUACAAAAAAGAAUUAGAAGCAUACAACAAAUCUGUUGUAGAGACUGAAAACAAAAACCAGAAGCAGUAA